CAGGCUUCGGCCAGUCAUCAUCCGACCGACGUAUGUGUCGCACGUCCUUAUCCCUCCGUGAACCCUUCACGAACGAACGACUCGCGAUUAACAAUUACUUAUCCCGCUUUACUAACAUAUGUGAGCUUUAUUAACUUACUUAUUAGUGACCGAACUGUGUUUUUCGAUAUUUAAAUGGUGAGCUGCUAGUCGACACUCUCAGAAUGUCUGACGGGGACGUGUCUUUAAUUCGCGACGAAGACGUGUUGCGGCGCAUGUGGCAGCAGACGGAAGAUUUCUCUCGGAAAAAAGAAAUCCGCGCGCACAUGUACCGGCUGCGGGAGGAACGCCUGCGCAACCUUUACUCGCCUGAACCCAGCCUCGAUGCUGCUAAAGGUUGUGAGUUCUCGUCGACGCAGGGCCAUGUGAAAUCAUUUGCAGACCAAAAUUUCCAGUCAAUGAAGAGCAAAGAGGUCCGUGACGCAGGCUCUCCGCCUAAGGAGUUCAACUACCGCGGCCAAGAUUUAAAGGACCUAUCUAACGCUGGAUGGAAUGUUGAGUCUGAAAAUAGGACAACCGACGAUGGCCACACACGUGUGAAAUCCGUUAACGCUAACAUCGAAGGACGGUACGACGUUGAUGGAGGUAAAGGGCACUUCGCUGCUGCCGACCACCACAAACAGGCAGUUACUGAAUACAACGAUGGCAAAUCGAAUCUUAAACGCAAUGAAGAUUAUUCCAACACGUCGGCUCAUGAACAAGUAGAACAACAAACCGGGGAUGGAACACACAUCACGUCUACGAGUAGUUCGUCCACUUCUGCGUCAAAGUUUGAACAAAGUUCUUCGACUUAUGAAUCAGUACCAUAUCAAGUAUAUGAUAAUUAUGACUCACAUCCUCAAACAUUCUAUGAUAACAAUAGAAAUGAAGAGUUCACAAGGAAUGAGACGGCCAACACAAGUAAUCACAAUCAAACAUUAAGAAAUGACUACGAACAUGGAGAACUGUUGUCGAGAAAAAUUGAUUAUCCCGAUGACAACACUAAAGUCAUAGUAGAAACGAGGUGUCUUCCUGAUGGUACUAAAGUUACAAGUACUCGACGGGAAUUCCGUGUGCCAAGUGCUCAGACAAAACGCUCUGAACAACACUCAGAACAAAUAAAAAGUGAAAGCAAAUCGACUUCGUAUACAUCUUCCCAAAAGAAAACUCAAUCAAAUGAAUCAUCCACAAAAGUAAUACAGGAUAAGUCAUAUAAAACCAAUGUGCAAGACAUAGUCGAUUCUCAAAGAAAUAAAGAUGACUUGGAUUUUAUAAAUAGUGAUAUAACUGAUUACGCUGAUAGUAGUACGCACGGUAUUCGUAACGAAAAAGUCACAAAAACUGCAAAAAAUGAAGAACAAAGUGAAUUCAUGAAAUUUUAUGAUAGUAAAAGUGUUCGUAACGAUGAUGUUCUGGAGAAGACUGUUUAUGACCGCAAAGAUUACGUAAACAAAGACACGUAUGAAAAAGACAAUAACAAAACUCAUGAACGUAAACAGAAUGACUAUUAUAUUGCAGAUGAUAACAUAAAUAUUUUUAAUAAAGAUGUACAGAAGCAAGAGGAUGUUCAAUUUAUCCACAAAGAUUCAACUCUAGAAAAUCCUUCAAAAUCUGCUUAUAAAAAUGAUCACCGCAGACCUAACGAAACCUCUGCUGAUAGUAGGAUGAAUCAUAAUACAAACCAAGAAGAUUCUCAAAUACUUAAAACCUCUGGAGAAUAUGUACACAAAAUAUCAAAAGACUGCAACGUCAGAGAGAAUACAGAAACAAGGUCCACUCAUCAGUAUCAAACAACAUAUCAAACUGAUUAUAGCCAUCGUAAAAUAAGUACUGAUUUAAGCCCAACUCAUCAGGCAUGGGCCAGUACACUUCGAUCAGAUACCCCCCCACGCUCCACAGCUAGGGCUCCUUCACCCGGAAACAAAACAUAUAAGUCUAGUACAUCUUCACUAAGAAGCAGUGUAAGCCCUGAUAAAAUAUAUAAAAAAUCAUCAAGCCGCAGUGUAAGUCCUAAUAAAAUUGGUAGGUUUUCCCCAACAAAGACUCCAACUGAUCAAACCUUUUCUAGUACUCAGUUGUCUUCUUCUGUUACGGAAAUUAAGUCAAAUAAUAGCACUGAUAUUAUUGAAAAACACAUUCCAAAAAAUAAAUCACCAACACGUCAACUACAUAGCCCUGAAAGAAAAUCAAACAGUGAUGAAGAAAAAAGAUCAAGCAUAACUCCAGAUAAACAAACAAGAACACCACGAUAUUCGUCAAAUACGCGGUCUAGUACUAGCCCAAAACGAAACAGCGCAAUUCAACCUGGUGGUAGUCGUGAUCAACCUAGUGGUAGUCGUGAAUCACCCAGUAAUAUAAUUCCAACUAGAAGAAUUCUAAGUCCUGAAAGACAUAAUAAAACUUCUCCAACGGUAAAAAUUGAUUCAAAACAUGAGGUUAUAGAUAGACAAGAUACAUGCACAACAUCGACAUCAGAAUAUUCUGAAAAGUAUGUUCGAGAUGAAAAAAUCAAAGGUGUUAAAACUAAUAUUACUGAACAGGCAGAUAAUCAGCCAAAUUAUAUGAAACCGACAGAAUCUAGCUCACCUAAAAGUUCAUCGCCUUCAAAGCAACCACAUAAUGAUCGAAAAUCACCUAUAAAGCAAUUGCCUUCUCAAAGCCCGGACAGGCAGCUGUACAAUUUAAAGAAGGAGCACGAACGCUUUAUUGAGGAAGAAAGUAAAAUAAAUACCAGCUUUAGUGAAAACAUUACAUAUAAUUUUGAAAACAACAGUCAACAAAGUCCACGUACUUCCCCUGAUCGUGAUAGUAAAAGAUGCGUUCAGCCUAUAGAUGAUUAUGAUAAAAUAUUGAGAACUUCGAUAAGUCCCACAAAAGACUUGGAGCAAACAGAAGUUAACAAUACACAAACAGGAAAUUCAGGAAAAUCACAUCAACAUUUUAAUACAAGUGUAAGCCCAAAAGACGAUAUUGUAAAUCGGCAUGAAGGAAAAGAAAAAAAUAUCGGGCCUAACAAGCAACCUUCUAGGGAAUCAUCACCUAUUAAAAGACAUGAGAGCCCUGUGAGGAUAAUUUCCAAAUCGAACAAAGAAAUACCUGGAUAUAUGCAAGAACCUCGUGUUAAAGACAACGAAAAUAAAAAUCGAUCACCUAGCCCUAGUGCUAAGGAUACGUCGAUAUCUUCGAACUUACUUAAAAAAACUGAAAAAUUUGAACAAGUGGUAAAAACUACUGAUAGAAAUGACAAGGUAUUUAAUAGUUUUGACAAAAAUAUUCAGGGUAAAUCAACAACUCCAUCAAAAGAAUCUCCUCGUCGAAGCAGUUCUCCAAAAAAACAUACAUCGGAUACUAAGAAUAAGCAAACACACGACUUUAUUGAAACGGAAGUAUUGAAUGAAGAAAUUAAUAAAAUAACUGCAAUAAAAUCUCGGACUCUUCACACACCAUCAACAAGCCCAUCAAGAAAACCAAAAUCAGUUGAGACUGCUCCUUCUACAGGACAAAGCUCACCUACAACUAAUAGCGGUUUUAUACAUUCGACAACAGAGAUAGAAUCUUCGGCAACUAUUUCCAAAGAAUCCAUUAAAACAGCAACAAAUGAUUCGAAUAAAAAAGAACACGAAAGAACUCCAUCUCCUACUAAAAUUCCAUGUAGAUCUCCUUCUCCAGAGAAAGUUAUCAAUAAGGAAAAUCUUCCCCGUAAGAGUUCCUUGAAAAAGCCUUCCUUUGAUAAUGGUAAUGUAACAUCACUGCCAAAACCACCAACAAGUUUCCUAAUUUCUCCAGAGAAUGAAAAAACUAAUGAUUAUGAAAAAGAAGAAGUUCCAAAAGACAAGCCAAAUACAAAAUCUGAUAAACCUAUGAAGAUUAAGCCACCCCUUGUAAGACGCGAAACAUACGAAGAAAGGUGCAGAAAGAUAUUAGGUAUGUCAGAUGACAACCUAACUACAGAAACAAAUAUAACACCUUCCAAAUCUGGAGACACUAUUACACCUAAAACAUCACCUAGCAUUUCACCUUGUGAAAGUCCUGUUCAGAUAGAAGAAAAAGGUUUUUGCGAUGAUAACUAUGGGUUAGUUAAUAUUGUUGACUUAACUACUAAAACAUCCGUCCCAAUGCCGCUUAAAACACAAACUCAGAAAAAUAAUAUACAAAUAUCUAGUGAAUCAAAUUGGCAAAAAACACCCGUAGAAUCUGUGAUCGAUCACUGUCAAACAUUAGUAAAUAUGCCAUUUAAACAAAUAAUCGCAUCGAAUGAAACUACCUUACUUCAGGAUACAAUGCCAAACAAAAACCCACCACAAAAUUCUAUUUUACCCUUCUCUAAACCUCAAGAAUCUAAAACCCUUACAGAUAAUGAUUCUGAAAAUGGACUUAGUUUUAUUGAAACAAAAUAUGAUAAAGGGCAUGAAAGCACUCACUUAAAGUCUAAUAAUGUUUCAGAAGAAGUUAAACUAAAAGAAACUAUUUCUGAAUGUAUCACUUCACAACAAGAACAAGAUAUACUAGACCGAGUUCAAUCCUCUCUACGAAAACUAUCUCCUGAUCGCAAGGGGAAGCCAGUGGAAGACAAUAAUUAUAAGAAAAAUAAUUCAAAGUUGCCCAUACUUCAUGAUAAAACUACAAAAGAUGAAUCUAUAAAUCAAGAUUACAAAGAAAUUAAUAAUACUGCAAUCGUAUAUUCUGAAGAUAAAAUAAGUGAGAAAAAAAAGUUGGUUACCGAAAAGUUUGUUACGAGUAAAAACCAGAUUCCAAGCAAGCCUUCGUCAAGAAAUACUUCACCUAUAAAAAAACCACUGAGUCCACAGAAUUUGACAAAAACUACCACAGAAACUGUAAAGCCCAGGAGUACUUCUCCAAAGAAACCAGUGUCACCAGUAGAGAAGAAACCAGUGUCACCAGUAGAGAAGAAACCAGUUUCACCAAUAGAAAGGCCUCAAUCACCGCAAGUUUCUAAAACAACAAUUACGAAUACUAAAGAUCAACAUCAAAGAACAUCUUCGUCAUCAACACUUAAAACUGAAAGGACGGACUUAAAAAAGACAACUAAAUCACAGAGUACAAGGAGAACAUCACCAACUAAAUUUAAUGCAACUAAGACUGCUGCAGUUAACAAUAAUAAAUCACAAGACAAUGAGAAUAAAUCACCGCAAAAGUUAAAUCAUUCCCCAACGUUAAAAAAAGAAAUAGAUUCAAAAGUAAUACGAACUUCCAGUGACAUCAGUAUGAAGUCACCUUUAAAGAAAGUGUCACCGCAAAGAAUGAAAUCAAAACCUGAAAUUCAACUUAAUAACGUAGCCACAAACAAGAUAUAUAAACAGAAUACACACACAAUUGGUACCAAAACACAAAAAUCAUUAAUCAAGCAAGUACCCACUAAAUUGCCUGUCAGCAAACCUAAAUCAGCAACCGCUUUGAAUACUUCAAUGGAUGAUGAUGACGAUGUUAUCAUUGACGUGCAACAAGCGAAAUCGUCUAGGGAAAACUCUCCUGAUCGUAUCUGUCCCACGCCUGUCGGCUCUUCUGAAGAUACUGGUACUCCACGUUUUCCAGAUGAGGUAAAUGAACCGGAUGAUGAAAUAAAUAAACGUUCACAUCACAUUAUUCAUGAAGCCGAAUCAAUUGUUGAUGAUAUAGUGGAAAUAUGUGAAGAAGACGAAUUAUUUGUUAGGGCUGAAGAAAGCGAAAUGCAAAAAGUUGAGCAAAAGUCGCUUGUUACUGACAAAUCAACAAAAUUAAAUACUGUACAAUCUAAAGAAAUCGAUUCUAUUAUUUGUAACAAAAAUAAAGUUCAUCGUGAUCUGAUCAAAGGAAAUUUAAUAUCAGACGAAUGCUUACUUUCUGUAUCAGAAAAAGUAAACAGAUUUGCUAAAGGAUCCGUUAUAUCUAAAGAUAGAAGUCCGUCUCGCAAUAUAAAAGAAGAAUAUGAUAGAGAUACCAUUUAUACGGAUGAUUACACUAAAUUAAGUGUUAAUGAUAAAGCCCACCUUUUCAUUGAAACCGCUGAAAAUGUAAAAACAACGAAACCCAAGUCAAUACAAAAACCAGUGCGGCCAGAUUUUUCAAAUGUAGACGAUUCUUUAAAAAGCGAUGAAUGUCUCUUAAGUGUUUCUGACAAAGUUAAUAAGUUUGUUAAAACAGCCGUGGAUGUGUCUACAGACGCAAACGCAAUUGAAGAAAAAGAAAAAAAAAUUCAGGAAGUACAUGAUAAUAUUAUGAAACAAAUUGUUAAUGAUUUUGAAGAAAAUUUGCCUGAAACAGAAAACAUUGCUGUGCCAUCUAAACAUUAUAAAUCCAUAGCUAGAGACAAUGAAAAAACACGGACAGUUAGAACAUCUGACGAUAACAAUACAAAAUCGACAACAGACUCAAAUAAAUUAAAACAAUCUGAAAAACUUGGAUCAGUAAAAAUAACAACUUUGCGAAGCAGCGAAGCUGUUAAGAAGGCCAAAGCCUUGUUUGAAAAUAUUGCGUCGACUACAAAACUUAAAGAAAGAACAGUUCACAAUAGAACAACAAAAUUAACCGAUAUAGGCGUCUCACAGAAAAUUCAAACAACUAAAACAACGCAACUAACUCAAGAUCCAAGACCAACAAUUCAACAAACAGAUUAUGACGAAGAAAACACUGAAUUGAUUUCACGCAAUCGGCAUAAAUCACCUGAUAAAAACCAGUUACCAAGCUCUGACAUCAAAAAAGAUAAUCUGCCUAUAAACAGAGCCACAUCACCUCAUCGAAGAGAUAAAACGCCUAGUAUCCGGCCAAAUUCGCCUCACAAAAACGAUAAGACAUCAAUCGCGAGAGAAAGAUCGCCAUUGCCUAAAUCGCCUAGAGAUAAAUCACCAAUAGCACGAACAAAAUCACCUAUACCAAGAGAAGUAUCACCCAUAAGUAAUAUAAGGUCACCUAUAGCCCAAACAGCAACUAUAGUGCCAAAAAAAGUUUUGUCGCGCCUUCCCGUAACUGAACAAGUCGAUUCGACGACAAAGCAAUUUGCCCUGGAAAACAAACAAGAAAAAUCUUUUGACAAUCUUCCUGGCUACCAACGGCCAACAAAGACGAGUCAAAUGAAAGAAGAGAAAUAUGUAGAGGAAAUCGAGGUGAGCAGUAGACGGGGAAGUGGAAAAUUUGGUGUGGAACUACGCAGGACCAGUGCGGAUAGGUCUUCUGUCAGUAGUGAACGACGACGCAGCAGCGUGGAACAUCAUCAACCCUGUAUUGAGGAUAUAUUCGAUUUGGACCUUCUAGAACAAAUGUUGGAAAAAGUAGUGGGGUAUGAACAAAGGCGACGCAUACGAGCUCAAAUACGUGUCGCAAAGAAAAAGAUUGAAACAGAGGAAACUACAAAAGUUAUAAGAAACUUAAGACAAUCAACAACCAAAGUUAUCAAAACUAAAUCACCUGAACGACUAGCACAACGUUCUCCAGAAAGAUUGCCAAUUUCAAAGAAAGCUUACUCACCCGAAGCGCAAAAUAGAAGUGCCCCUAAUAGAACAUCUUCUCCAGAACGCCAACACAAACAUAUCCACAAGUCAGGUUCACCUGAUUGUCAACAGUUGACAGCAGGUAUUAAUAAUGAACAGGAAAAACCACAAUUGCCAUUAAGUAACGGCCGCGAUAGACAAGUCAACAAAACUAGCAAAGUUGUUAGAGCUCAAAGUCCAGAAAAGCAAAUACGACCUGCCCCAAUGACUGUACGUCAAUCUAGUUCAGAUAAAAGAAGGCCUGUGUCACCUAGUAAAUUGUCCCCGAAAACAAAAGGGAAUCGUUUUGGCGAAUACGCCUCGGCGUAUAUGAAAAAAGUGGGUAUUUCUGAAACCGACAAGUUAAAACACAAGGUACAGGAUAUGAAUGAAUCUGAAACAAAGAAAAUAGAAACCAGUCGUAUUAUAGACAUUCAUAAUGUAAAAACAACGAUAGAUCGCACGUCAUCCAAGGAUAUUAUCGAAGUCCAAAUCGAGGGCAAGAAGUCUCCAUCACCUAAUCGUUCUGUCGAUCGUAAGAUUCCUAUGCAACAGCCACGUUCAGAAAGUUCAGAAAGGGAGACAACAUUUGAAACGCCCUUGGAACGCCCGCUACAGAACUCUGGACGACAACCUAGUCCGAAUCGGUCACCCAGUCCGGAAACAAAACAAACUUUGAAAAAAGAUAUAAAAUCAACAACAUUGGGUAUCGAAAAAAAAGUAGCGCAGAAGCAGGUACAUGAGGAGAAACCAUCUUGGGUGACCAGCAGAAAUCUGAAAAAGGUUACUACCGAGUCGCGUACGUUCAGCAGUAAGAAGAUAGAAACAGACAAACCUAAGUACCGGCCUAGUAGUCCUUCGAAGGCGAUCACAAAACCCAUCGACAUUAUUACUUCCAGCUACGGCCCAGGUCCUCUAGAUGCCGAUGGCAAACCUCUCUUCGGAAUCAAAGCACUGAGGAACGGUGCUACCAACUAUCAAGUGAAAGGAACGGUCAUUCGUCAAGAGUUCCAUUCGCGCAACGGCAGUGAACCUGAAGGUACGGUCUCCGUGACCGCCUACUCCACGGAGCCUGAGGAUUUGGAAAAGCUGCUGCAGACCCAGGGAGAGAAACCCUCCCGACUACAUGGCCUUGCUGCCAUCACGACGACAAAGAAAUUUGGCGGUGGCACUGGGACCACAUUUGGUGAAGUGGCAACUAAAGAGGAGCGUGCAGCUCUAGAGCAGUUCACUCACUGCGACAGACGUAUCACAGAGAGCCAGAUAGACACACAUACGGACUCUCUUCAAAGGACAGAUCAGAGAGAGAAAAUAGAAAUAAUCUCGAACAAGAUCGACACCAACAAGACGCAGAGUCAAAAACGGACCCAUCAAUUGGUUCAGUCUAGUCUUAAAAAGGACACAAAAAGGGAUUCCGAUCAAAAAGAAACUCGCUCCGACAGAAUGCAGAAGGCGGAGAGACGAGUCGAGGAUAGGAAGACGGUCCGCCAGAGUUCUGUCAAGUCGCUCACCGAGAAGUUUAUCAAAAACGCAAGUGAGACGACAAAGACCGAGCGCCAGGUGUACCCCAAGGCGGGCCUGAUUUUGCGCACAGCCGGUAUGAAGGACAGCGUCUCCAGUGAUUCUUCUGCUCACGCUGGUCUAGCUCGUACAGACAGCGAACAUAGCUUGGCUUCUCUGGAGGACAUGAUGACCACAACGACCACGACCACGGAGCAGCUCGGGGAUGUGCUCAGGACGACCACAACUGUCACUAAAACCGGUGGACACACACAGGAGCGGUCUUUUCUGGACAGCUCUACUAAAGUCACCGGGGUUCAAGAUAUUCUUACCAGAAUGAAGAAUGCUGAUAUUGUAAUAGAGGAAGGUGACAGCAACGAGGACAGCGAAGCCCGAGCGCUUCUCAACAAGUUCUUGGGCGCCACCGUACUGAUGGCUGGCAUGCAGAACUACGUUACCGAGAGUGGCCCCGCUAAGCAGGAGAGAUCAAAGAGCGGCGUCGAUAAGUUCGGAGGUCGACAGAGAGACGUCGACAUAGAGCAGUGUUGGGACGAGAGGGUACUACGGAAACUACUCGACGAGUGCACUGACUACGAACUAAGACGACGACUGCGCACGCGCAUUCGUGCUCUCAUGGCGGAACAGGAAGCAUGCGCGAGUGCAGUGACCGAAGCUUUGGCCGCAGCCGGCGAGACCGUGGAAUCGGCCGAGACGGAAGAGCAUCAGCAAGCUGGAGAACGCGAGGAAGAAGAAAUUACCAAUGUUACAUCGAGCGUUAGGAGGAACUCAACGGAGCAAACCGUUAGCAGCACUACCAUAACAAAUACUAAAGUAAUUGAGAGCCGGCCGGUGCCGAAGCCCGUCUCUCCUUUUGCCAAGUUCCGCCAGCUCGAGAAACAGAAUUCUGUCAAUUCCCCUAACUCGCCCAAGACACCGCAGAGCCCGGGCUCUCCUUCGCAGCCUUACUUCAAGUUCACCGACCCAGCGUUGCAGCUCAGCGCUGUCACUAUUAAAGAAAGAUUGCUGCAAUGGUGUCGCGACAAGACUCGGGACUACGAGAAUGUGAAGCUGGAGAACUUCUCGACGAGUUGGGCGGACGGACUGGCCUUCUGCGCUCUACUGCACCACUUCCUUCCUGACGCUUUCGACUACGCGCAGCUCACGCCCGACAAGAGACGCCACAACUUUACGCUCGCCUUCAAAAUUGCCGAUGAGAAGGCGGGCAUCUAUCCCCUCUUGGACGUGGACGACAUGGUAUCGAUGCGCAAACCCGACUGGAAGUGCGUCUUCACGUACGUGCAGUCCAUCCACCGUCGCUUCAAAGACGCGCUCUGACCGCCCGUCUCCACCGUCUCUCUCUUUUGAAAUCGCGACGGUAGCGAAGCGGAUCGUGGGUGUAACUUAAUUAAAAAGUUUUUUGGAGUCCAAAGGGCAAAUCUUUUAUAUUUGUCUAAAGAUUGUUGAUUAAAUGUUUAAGCGUCAGUGUCCGCCCAGUUCGCCGUUUCUCCCAGCGCUGCGCUGUCUCGCUGUGCGAUAGUCGAAAACGAAAACGCCUCGAGCUCUUCUUAUGGUCUUUUCGUUUUGGAAUAUCGACAAAGGCCUCCUAUUUAUUGUAAUAAAUCUCAAGAUGUAUGUGAUUUUUAUAUUGAAUAAUUAGUUCGUAAGUCUAACUCGAGAUGUCAAGGUCAUGCGCCGGGAUCUUCUUAACUUAUUACUCCACAUAAGAGAGCCGCAUCCCCGGCCUCGACCGAUUCUUAUUAUAUAAUUAACGACACGUUAUUGUUUAUCUGACAUAAUUAAUAUAAACGCUUGAUGUAAUCGCCUUUAUUUAAUUGAUUAUUGUUAUUAAUUUAUAUUAUAGGAUUAAAUGAUUAACAAUUUUA